AUGGACCACCCCACCCCCCAAUCUCAGCUGACCUCUACAGCCCAGCUGCAAGGUUUCGGGCCUCCCGGGCCUGAGAUUUACGGCCUCAUCUCUUCCGGCAUAGCGUUUACUCCAAAUAACCUGUACACGAACUCCAAGGAACAAAACAUGAAUCAAGAAAACGGGUUUUACUCGCAGCACGAUAUGACCGAGCUGCUCGACAGGUCGUGCGUUUUCCCAUGCGAGAGGCCUAGUCACGGGCUUUCCCUCUCCUUGAACCCUUCCACAAUAGGGCUUCAGCCUUUCGAGCUCCUGCAACAGCAACAACAACAGGACAACAAUCUGUUUGGAUUCGGACAACAGCAACAGCAGCAGCAACAGCUGGCUUUUAUUCGGAACUCGAGGUAUUUGGGCCUAGCCCAGGAGCUUCUGACCGAGUUCUGGAAUCUCGGGUCGGCCCAAAAGAUCCCGAAGGACGGUGAUGAGUGGCCGGAGAGUGAGAAUGCUGUAGAAAGACAGUUGCUUUACUCGCUCGACAUGCUCGAGCUGCUGAGAAGGAAGAUAAAGCUGCUUGAAAUGCUGGAAGAGGUAAAGAAAAGGUACAAACACUACUGCGGCCAAAUCCGGGCCGUGACAUUGUCAUUCGAGUCGGUGGCUGGGAGAGGAGCCGCCCGAGCCUACUUGGGAUUGGCCUCAAAGGCCAUGUCCCGGCACUUCCGGUGCCUUAAAGACAGGAUCUUGAGCCAGAUUGAGGCCACAAAGAGGGCCGUGGGGGAGAAGGACAGCAAGGCACCGGGCACCGUGAAAGGGGAGACUCCGAGACUGAGGAUUCUCGAUCAGACCCUCCGGCAGCAGAAGGCCUUACAGCAGAUGAGUAGCAUUGAGUUUCAGCCCUGGAGGCCCCAACGUGGGCUUCCCGAGCGCUCGGUCUCCAUUCUUCGGGCUUGGCUUUUUGAGCACUUUCUUCACCCGUAA